AUGAUCGUUAGACGACUGGCUGCUUCUACUUCUGAUGAACUGUCGGCGUGUACUCGGGGAUGGCAACAACGAAAUUGGAUAUUUCAACGACGGAGAGAUCAAGGAGAAAUUGACAACCUGCUCGAAGAGAUGAGGAUGCAAGAUGCAGAGAGCCAUUUCCGCUGCAUACGAAAGUCGGCGGAAAUUUUUGAUGAUCAAAUGCCAAGAGUAGCUUCUGCCUUGUCAUUGUUGAGGAGAAGAUCGAUAUCAAAUGUCCAUCGAUCAGCUAGAGAUCUCACCAGGAAACGGUAUAAAUAUCGUUACUAUAAGGCGAUGGGAGAGCAAGUCUUAACAAAGCCGCCAACUGGAAUUUACAGAAUGCUUGAAGCUGUUGCUUUAGUGAUAUCUGACAAUAAUUUGUGCUGAAGCCUAUUUCACAUGGAAAUAAAUGUUAUUUGACACUUGAAUUGCUGUCAAUUGAGAUGGAGUUGAGACUGUUGCCCAGUAAACCCAUAGGCUGGAAGACUGAUAUAAUUUGU